AUGAACUGGCAUGGGCAAUAUACUUGUCUUCCUAAAAGUACUAGAACGCACAAGGAAGUCUCAAGCAAGUUUACUUUAAGGUCUGCAACUUCUUCUCAAGCUUUAGUCUUGCUUUUAUCAAACUUUCCUUCUCAAAGGCGUCAAGUCGCAAAGAGAGCUUUCAUUCUAUUUGUUGAUAUGGAUGGUUUUGGUGUUUCUCCUCCUUGUCGUUCCUCUAUUUGUGAGAAAUACGACGUCUUUCUCAGUUUUAGAGGUGAAGACACGCGCGAUAAUUUCACAAGUCAUCUUUAUGCUGCUUUGAAACGAAAGCAGAUUAAGACUUAUAUCGAUGAGGAGAUCCUUCAGAAAGGAGACGACAUCAAUCUCGCACUUCCUGAAGCAAUUCAGAAGUCAAAUAUUGCAAUAAUCAUUUUCUCAGAAGAUUACGCUUCUUCAACCUGGCCUGACACUAAGUUAAUUGAAGAAGUUGUUGAAGACGUGUUGAAAAAAUUGCAAAGUACUGUCUUGUCAAGUGCUGAUGCUUUGAAGGGCAUGAUUGGAAUGGAAGAACGCUGUGAACAGCUUGAAUCGCUAUUAAGUAUUGGGUCAGCAAAUACUCGCAUAAUAAGCUUGUUUGGAAUGGGUGGCAUAGGCAAAACAACCCUUGCCAAUGCAGUAUAUGGUCGAAUCUUUUCUCACUUUGAAAGUUGUUGCUUUCUCAAAAAUGUUAGGGAAGAAUCAGAGAGAGUAUAUGAUGGAUUAGAGGAAUUACGAAAGAAGCUCUUCGCUAAGUUGUUGGGGGAAAAAACAGUUGAUUUGGAAACGCCAUCUUCGCUAGAAAUCAUCAAAAUGAGGCUCAGGAAAAUAAGGGUUCUUAUUGUUUUGGAUGAUGUAAGUAAAUCAAAGCAGUUAGAGCAUUUAGUCGGUGAUGGUGACUGUUUUGCGUCUGGUAGUAGGAUUCUCCUGACGACAAGAGAGCAAAAGGUCCUUAGGACGAUUAGACGUAACAAUGGGGUCGAAACACAUGAGGACGAGGUGAAGCAGUUGAGUGAUAGUGAAGCUCUUGAUCUUUUUAAUUUUACUGCUUUUGAUGAAAGAAAGCCUCCAUCAGAAUACGUGGAACUAUCAAAAGAGGCAGUCCGUUAUGCUGGAUGCAUUCCGCUAGCUAUUAAAGUUGUGGGUUCUGAGCUUCGUUCGCUUCGUGAACCCAACGAAAAAAAAUGGGAAAAGGCCUUGAAGAUAUUUAAAAUGUCCCCUCCUACUGAUAUUAGCGAGGGAUAG